GAUUAUAUAUACAUGGUGGUGGCAUGCGUCGGGUUUUGCAGAAAGUUGAAUUAAUUUUUUUUUUCUUUUCUGAAAGUAAAGUACAGCUAAACUCUAAAGUUGAAUCAAUCAUUUGAAAUUGCCUAAGGGGAGCUUUUUCAUGGCCCUUAGUCUCCUAACUGCAGUUCCUAGCAGCAGUUUCAUCAGAUUGCAUACGAAAGGCACCUCCAACAGAUCAAAUGUCAACAACUUGAGUGUUGUUCGAGCCUCCAACUCUGUUGCUACAGCCAAUGAUUCGGAUCAAAAAAUUGUUAGACGGUCUGCUAAUUACCAUCCUCCUACUUGGGAUUACGAUUAUAUUCAGUCGCUCAAGAGUGACUAUCUGGGGGAAUCAUUUAAUGAACAAGCAAUCAGACUUGUGGGUGAAGUGAGAAUGAUGCUUGAGAAAGUUAUGGACCCUUUAGAGAAGCUUGAGCUGAUCGAUACCUUGCAGAGGCUCGGUUUAUCUUAUCAUUUUCAGGAUGAAACCAAGAGGAUUUUGGAGGAUAUCCAUACAAGGGCUGAUCAGAGCAAGGCUUUAUGGAAGGAAGACAACUUAUAUGCUACAGCACUUGAAUUUAGACUCCUAAGGCAGCAUGGUUAUAAUUUAACUCAAGAGGUUUUCUCCGGUUUCAUGGACGAGAUGGGGAAUUUCAAGUCGAGUCUUUGUGAGGACUGCAAAGGGCUUCUAAACUUGUAUGAAGCUUCACACCUUUCCAUGGAGGAUGAAGGUAUCUUAGACACUGCAAGGCAUUUCGCAGCUAAACAGCUUCAACAAUAUCUGAAGCAAAAGAAAUUAGAUGAAUAUGUUAGGAUGCUAGUGGAGCAUGCGUUGGAACUUCCUCUACAUUGGAGGGUGUCAAGGUUGGAAGCCAGGUGGUUUAUAGAUGUGUACGAGAAAAGAGAGAAAAGAAAUCCUAUUCUUUUGGAGCUCGCUAAAUUGGAUUUUAAUAUUGUGCAGGCAGUGUACCAGGAUGAUCUAAUAUAUGCUUCCAAGUGGUGGAGGGAUAUAGGACUGGGAGAAAAGCUACCCUUUGCAAGAGACAUGUUGAUGGAGAACUUUCUAUGGACAGUGGGCAUUGCAUUUGAUCCUCAUUUUGGGAACCUUAGAAGAACUCUAACAAAGGUUAUCGCAUUAAUAACAAGUAUUGAUGAUGUGUAUGAUGUGUAUGGUACAUUGGAUGAGUUAGAGCUCUUCACUCAAGCUGUUGAGAGAUGGGAUAUAAAUGCAAUGGAGCUUCUCCCAGAAUAUAUGAAGAUAUGUUUCUUUGCUCUUUACAACUCCAUAAACGAAAUAGCAUUUGAUAAUCUCAAGGAACAUGGAUUUCAUACCAUUCCUUUAUUGAAGAAAGCGUGGGCAGAGUUAUGCAAAGCUUACUUAGUGGAGGCAAAGUGGUAUUACAGUGGAUACAUACCAACAUUAAACGAGUAUAUGGAUAAUGCAUGGAUUUCUAUUGCGGUUCCCUUAGUAAUAUCACAUGUUUUUUCCUCAUCAAAUCUAACAACAAAGAAGUGCUUGGAGUACUGGAAGGAAGAUUCUAAUCUAAUUUAUUCCUCGGCCAUAAUUUUCCGACUUGCUGAUGAUCUUGGGACAUCAAUGGAUGAACUUAAAAGAGGUGAUGUCCCUAAAUCUAUUCAAUGUUACAUGCAUGAAACUGGUUGUUCUGAAGUGAAAGCUCGUGAAUAUGUAAAAAAGUUAAUUGAUGCAACAUGGAAAAGGAUGAAUGGAGAAUAUCUAAUGUCUCAAUCCCCCUUAUCUCUUCCGAUUAAACAUAUUGCAUUGAACCUAGUAAGGAUUGCUCAAUGCAUGUACCAAUACGGUGACAACCAUGGGAUUGAAGAUCAAAAGACUAAUGAUCAUGUAUUAUUAUUACUUGUUUCAUCUAUUCCUUAGUUGUUGUGAAAAACCUAAUUGAAAGAUGAUGUUGCAAGUAACUGUAAAUAAUAAUUUCAAGUUUUAGGAAGUGAUGAAGGCAUGAGGCCUUGGGGAAAAAAUUGGGUUUUUGGAUCAAUGGAAUUUGAAGAGAGAAGAUUAAAUUUGGAGUGUUAGCUAGGUUCUUUGCGGUUUUUUUAAUGAGGUGUUUUGUCUUUAGGUGGUAAUUGACAAUGGUUUGUUUCGUUGAUCUUGUUGUCAAUUACAUAGACAUUGAGAGACUUUUAAUAAGGACUUAGUAGAAAUUGAACAGAGAAAAUUAAAUUUGGAGUGUUAGCUAGGUUCUUUGCGGUUCUUUUUUUAAUACAGUGCUUUUGUCUUGAGGUGCUUAUCGACAAUUAUUUUUUUUUUGUUGAUCUUGCUAUCGAUUAUAUAGACCUCGAGAGACUUUUACUACUAAUUUGUGGAGGCAAUUCUGGUAUGUACGAGAUGCUUGGGGUUCUUUACUGCAAUGAUGGUCUGAAUCUUUAUUUUUGAUUGUUGAGUUUGUUGUUUCCGUUAAGCUUGGUGGUCUUGUUUUCUGCUUUGAGGUCGUUUUGAUGUUUGUUUUAUGAAUUGUGAGGUAUUUUCAGGUGUUCUCUUGUUGGCUCUUGGGGUGUAUUCGAGUAUGUGUUGUGUUUUUGGAGGUUUUUUUUCUUUGAAUCUCCUUUUCCUGUUGUCAAAGUUUUUUCUUUUUAAUAAAAUCUUCAAUAGCUUAGUAAAAAAA